AUGCCACCCAUUCGAUCUCGCGGGUCUCGCAAACCCCCGCCGGCCGGCUUCGAAGAUAUCGAGGAUACGCUGCUCGAGUACAGCAAUAAGAUGCGGGAUGCGCAGAACGCGUCGCACGAAGGGAAGAAGAAGCACGAAGCUGUCUGGCCUGUCUUCCAGAUCUCCCACGCCCGCUCCCGCUACAUCUACGACCUGUACUACACACGCGAGGCCAUCUCCAAGCAGCUAUACGACUGGUUACUGAAGAAUGGAUACGCCGAUGCCAACCUGAUCGCCAAGUGGAAGAAGCAGGGCUAUGAAAAGCUGUGCUGUCUGCGCUGCGUGCAGACCAAAGAGACAAAUUUUCAGAGCACCUGUAUCUGUCGCGUGCCCAAGGCUGGUCUGAGAAGGGAGGAUGGAGGUGGCGAAGGAGGAGCUGGCAUACAGUGUGUCAGUUGCGGCUGUCGAGGGUGUGCGAGCAGUGACUAG